GGGGGAGAGCAGUUGUGGAGAGUGCAGAGGCAGUGUGCAGGUGUGAGUGCUGCUGGUGUGUGUGUCCAGCCCGUGCCCAGCCAGUGACCCAACAAGCCAUCCCUCACCCCAUCCAGGCCACGCUCCGUCACAGCCUGUCUCCACACUCCCUUGGCCCAUCCCUUCCCUUCAUCCUUUCCUGGGACUGCAGUUCAUCGCCCCAAGACAGAAUUUAUGGAAGUACUCUCUCUCCAUCCUGCUGCUUCAGUCCACAGAGGCAGAACGCUUGUGAGUGGGCAUGAAGUAAGGGCCGUUAGCAGCCCCCUGCACAGCCCCCACCGCUGGCUGCUGAGGUAGCAUUCAGUGCACUCACAGACUUUAGGAAAACUCUCCCCUGUGCCGCCCCCUGAAGAAGCCUCAUUGUCACCCGGUGGUCAAGAUGGUGCUGGCCGACGAAAACUGUCCGGAGAAGAGGAUGGAGGCUGGGGAGGACACCGAGCCCAUGGUGGCCAAGGAACCCAAGGCUGAGGUGGCCAAGGUGAAGGCCGAGGAGCUGGAGGUCAUCGUGGAGGACCCAACCAGCGCCACGCCGACCGUCAAGACCAAAGUUAGGAUUAAGGGUCGCAUUGAGGAGGGCGACGGGUUGUUUGAGGAGCGCUCCACCUCCUCAACCUCCGAUGAUGACCAGGGCGCCUCCCUCCUGCAGGCGAGUAACCUGCAGGAGGACUCUGAGAGCAGCCUGGCCAUCCUGAUGCAAGUGAUGGUGCCGUUCCUCGUGGCCGGCCUGGGCAUGGUGGGCGCCGGGCUGGUACUUGACUUGGUGCAGCACUGGGCAGUCUUCCAGGACGUUAGUGAGUUAUUUAUUAUGGUGCCGGCGCUGCUGGGGCUCAAGGGCAACCUGGAGAUGACCCUCGCCUCCCGUCUGUCCACCCACGCCAACCUGGGCCACCUGGACAAGAGGGAGAACUGCCUCUCGAUGAUUGUGGGGAACAUGGCGCUCAUCCAGUGUCAGGCCAUAGUGGUAGGUUUCCUGGCCUCCGUGGCGGCCGUGGUCAUGGGUUGGAUUCCCGAGGGCCACUUUGACCUCCUCCACGCGCUGCUGCUGUGUGCUGCGGCCCUGGUCACCGCCUCGCUGGCCUCCUUCAUCCUCAGUCUCAUCAUGGUGGGUGUUGUGAUCCUCUCCCGCAAGUGUAGGAUCAACCCCGACAAUGUUGCUACGCCCAUUGCCGCCUCGCUGGGGGACCUCACCACCCUGGGACUCCUGGCAUGGAUCGCCUCGGUGCUUUACAUUUCAAAGGGGACCGACGUGUGGCUCUCCCCCCUGGUGGUCGUUGGGUACCUGCUGUCCCUGCCGCUGUGGGUAUGGCUCGCCUCACGCAACAAACACACCAAAGAGGUCCUCUACUCAGGCUGGACUCCGGUGAUCUCGGCAAUGAUGAUCUCAAGUAUGGGCGGCCUGAUCCUGGACUUCACGGUGUCGAGCUACAAGGGCAUCGCAGUGUUCCAGCCGGUCAUCAACGGGGUGGGCGGCAACCUGGUGGCGGUGCAGGCCUCGCGCAUUUCUACCGCCCUCCACGCCGCCGCCCCGCUUGGAAAGUUGCCCAAGUUCUCCUCCGAGCUGUGCAUCAACCCGUGCUCGGCGUUCUGUGCUCGAGUUGGCCACCCACGCACCGCACGAGUCCUGUUGCUGCUGGUGGUUCCCGGUCACCUGGUCUUCAUGUACACCAUCUCCUACCUGAAGGCCGGACACACCUCCCUCACGCCCAUCUUUGUCGUCACCUACCUUCUGGCCGCCUUCCUGCAGGUGGCCAUCCUCCUCUAUGUGUCACACGUCAUGGUGCACUGGAUGUGGAAGACCUCCAUAGAUCCCGACAACUCCGCCAUUCCCUACCUUACUGCCCUCGGGGACCUGCUGGGGACGGGGCUCCUCGCAAUCGCAUUCCACUUCCUCUACAUAGUCGGGGAUGGGGACUCAGACCUCGGGGACUAACACAUCCGCCGGUGGUGGAUGUGUUCCGCAAAGGCCUGGCUGGACCUGUGCCUCCUGCGCCUGCUGUCAACCUGCCGCUGUGUGCAGCGCGUGCUGGGUGAAAGGGUGUUUGUUUGUGUGCUAUGUUGUGUCAGGUGCGCCGAAGUGAAUCUUCAAGGUGCUUGUUCUGUGGCUGGGAGUGGGUGCUUCUUAGGGUGGACCUGACUGGGCCGAGGGAUUGUGGGAGUGCGUGUGAAUGGGUCGUCGUACUGAUUCUCAGAAACUCUUCCUUACACCUGUUUCAGUGAUGAUAAAUAUAUUAUGAUGUAACAAUAGUGUGUGUGCCUGUUUACUGUUACCAGAGUUGUUAAGUUAUUCCCUGUGACUUAGACAAAGCUGUAACCUCCUUUGCUGCAUUGUGACAGCAGGUUGUGUGAGGUGUUCCCUGUGUGUGGGUGCGUCCCCUCGUGGCGGUGUGCACGGCGGGGCCCAGGCUCCAAGGCCGGGCUGAGUCACGAGGGGAGAGUGUGUGAGGCAAGGUGAAGGUUGUGACAUUUCACUGUGAAUGCAAGAACAUGACUGUGUCCUCAAGGAUGUCCACCUGUACCCUAACUGUAGUUGUGACCAGGGAGAGGACUAGCCUGUGCGUUGUGGUUUUGUACCAGUAGACUUAAGAAGAAAUGUACAGAGAGAGAGAGAGAGCAUCCUGACUGUCUCCUUGUUGAAGUGACUGUUCAGGUUGAGGAUGAUAAUAAUAGUCUGUGAUAGGAGAAAAGGAAUUGAGGAGAGGAAGGAAUGCAUAAGCCACUCUGGUGUCCUACAAAUACUGGCAACAAACAGACACCUUUGCCCCCAGGCCUGUGGCUGGGGUGAAGGGCUGCUUGACACUGUCACGUUGAUGUAGAGUACAACUAUAUUUAAAGCUUAUUUAUAAUAAAGAAUAUACUAAGUAAUGGAAUGUAAAUAUUACUGUGUGCAGAACAGAAUUACUUCCUCUUGCGGCUGGUGUAAGAUGAAGCAUAACAUAACAUACACAAAGUGUUAUGCUGCAAGUAUUGCUGUGCACCAGAACUUCCUAUUUUUGUAUAAGAAAACCAAAUCCAAAGAGGUGGAUGUCACAUCUUGCCAAGAUGGAGCAUGAAAAGUGUACUCACAGACAGUCAUCACACACAGCACAACUCUUUCCUUCCUGCCUGGGGCUAAAACACCUGGCACCCCCCCGGGCACUGCCACCUGAGGCAGAAGACCCCAACACCACAUUCCCAGCCCAGGAUGAAAGCUGGGCCAAGGAUGUGUACCUUUGAGGCACAAAUUAUCAUUACCUUCACACAGACUGAGUAUGAGUGGGGGUGUGGCUGCCAUGGGUUGCCUCACACACCAAGAACACAUUAGUCUUCCCUCUCACCAGGAAGGUCUUGCUUUGCAACAUGCAGACCAUCCUGAAGCAAGAUCUCUUCAUUCUUUGACAGUAUUUCAUGCCUUUAUAAGGAUCUUUUGUCCUAAAUGUGUAGCAAUGUGCAGUUCCUGUAAACCCUUUGUGGUGAGGAAGCCGACUCAUCUGUGACCCGUGAGUCCUGCAGCGUGAGAGGUCCUGUAGCCUGUAGCUGUGUGAGGCGCGUGUGGCAGCCGGUGUGUUGGGGUGCUUGAGGCCCUCUAGUGUGACAGACAUGAGAGUUUUGAACCUUUUUUUUUAUAUAUCAUGUUGUUGUACUUUAAUAGGGUGAAUCAUGUCAGAGGUGAACAAACAAAACAGAGACAAGAGACCAGAGUAAAGCUUGCAUGAGUAACAGAGAAAGUUGGUUACAUAUAUUCAGUAAAACAGUGAGGAAUAGAAAUCGCUCGUCUAUUAUCCAUGUCUAAGUGUCCAGAGAGCCCAGUAGGAUGCAUGAGUAUAUUGACAACUGGAGAACCAACACAUUAGUCCGUAGUUGUUGCUGUAAAUUACGAACGGCCUUGCUGGGAGAUUCAUUACGGAAGCGAGGGUUAAAACAGACUACCGUAUUUGUGUUGGUAGCCGUGUGGGAGCAAAAAAAGGUAUUGUUGUUAAUGUUGCUUUAAGUAUUGCCAGUCAGUCCAUCUACGCCUCAGAAACUACCACCUAUGACAUUCUUCUCGGUAAGAUGUCGGAAAGUCUUCAAGGUGGCUUUCACAUAUAUUUUUCGAGUUAUUAUUAUUAUUAUUAUUAUUAUUAUUAUUAUUAUUAUUGCGUUGUGGUCCCCGGUGUUGUGUUCCGUCGUGUUGUGUUUGUUUUUCUUACCCAGUUUUUAUCUUUGUUUUGCCGUUCAUCAAAUCUUAUGCCGCAGAUACAAUCACUUAUUAUUUAUUCGGAAAGAGAAACCGUAUGUGUAUGAAUGACAGAGGUACCGUGUAUUAUGUAUAUCGUAGACUAUAUAUAUAUUAUUUUCCAAUUUCAUUCAUGUAAAAGCUUCGUAAUGUGUGUUUUUUGUUAAUUCACAUGACGUAUACAUAUUCCAAAGUUAAUUUCCAGCCAGGUGAGACAAAUUUAUUAUACCUCAGAGGUGGACACGUUUGAAGGUAACAACAGGCGAGAACAUCGACCGAAUAGAAACAUUGUCAAGUGCCUUAGUCAAUCACCUGUCAAUCUCAUCCACUUGCAAACCUUACAUCUCUUUUUUUUUUUUCACUCUUCCUCAUGUCUCCUAUCUCUCCCCUCAUCGAUUUCAACUUUCCGUCUUUUUUUUCCCAUUUUCUCAAGUUAAUUUUCUCUUCCCAUGUUGAGUGCAAACUUCCCAUCUCUUCUUCUUCCUCUUCCGCCUAUCAUCUAUCUCUCCUUCCCCAAUGAUUCCAAGCUUUCUGUCUCUUUUCCAUUUUCUCCCAUCAUCUAUCUGUCUCCCUUCAUUGAUUGCAAACUUUCCAUCUCUUCUUCCUCUUCCGCCUAUCAUCUAUCUCUCCUUCCCCAAUGAUUGCAAGCUUUCUGUCUUCUUUUCCAUUUUCUCCCAUCAUCUAUCUCUCUCCCUUCAUUGAUUGCAAACUUUCCAUCUCUUCUUCCUCUUCCGCCUAUCAUCUAUCUCUCCCUCCCAUUGAUUGCAAGCUUUCUGUCUCUUCUUUUCCAUUUUCUCCCAUCAUCUAUCUCUCUCCCUUCAUUGAUUGCAAACUUUCCAUCUCUUCUUCCUCUUCCGCCUAUCAUCUAUCUCUUCUUCCCCAAUGAUUCCAAGCUUUCUGUCUUUUUUCCAUUUUCUCCCAUCAUCUAUCUGUCUCCCUUCAUUGAUUGCAAACUUUCCAUCUCUUCUUCCUCUUCCGCCUAUCAUCUAUCUCUCCUUCCCCAAUGAUUGCAAGCUUUCUGUCUUCUUUUCCAUUUCCUCCCAUCAUCUAUCUCUCUCCAUGUUGAUUGCAAACCUUCUGUCUCUUCUCUUCCUUUUCCUCCCAUUCUCUAUCUCUCUCCAUGUUGAUUGCAAACCUUCUGUCUCUUUUCUUCCUUUUCCUCCCAUUCUCUAUCUCUCUCCAUGUUGAUUGCAAACCUUCUGUCUCUUUUCUUCCUUUUCCUCCCAUUCUCUAUCUCUCCAUGUUGAUUGCAAACCUUAUGUCUCUCCUUUCCCACUUCAUGUCCUCUAUUGUUCUCUUUCCUCUUUAAUGUUAUUCACACUAAAUCUAUUUUUUCCUAAUUACUGGUCUUUCCAUCUCUUUUUUAUUCCUGUACCUUUUUUAACCAUUCUUUUUCAUUCAUUUGUCUGUUAUUCACUUUUGUCUAUCUGUCCCUUUUUGUUUUCCUAUUAACUUCUCUUUUUCCUUUUUUUUCUAUCCCUAUACCUUUUUUAGCCAUCCUGUUUUUGUCCAUCUCUCAUGUACACCAUAUUUAUCUGUUCCUCCUCCUAUUGUUUUGACAUUCCCUUACCCAUCUCUUUCUCACUCUCCUUCAUUAAUUUUUUCCUAUUUUCACAUUUCCAUCUUCCCAUCUUUAUCCCCCUUUCUUUUUCCAUUCCUAUCUCUUUCCAACCCUCUCUCUCAUCUUCUUUUACCUCCCCCAUUCCCAUCUUCAUUCCCCUUCCUUCUCCCAUUCCGUCUCCAUCCCCUUAUCGUGUUGUUGUCGUCGUCUCCAUCGUCAUCGUCAUUGAAAUGGUGUAGCGGAAGAUGAACGAAGUAUGUACAGAACUCUUUAAGAAUAAACGAUAAUGCCUUGUUCUUGCCCUUAA